AUGAAGAUAAUCAAGAACACUGCACCCGCAGCCGAAGUGAAGGCCGUGCGCCCCGACGAAGUGGACAUCGACCUAAAUGUAGUCGGCACCGAGGGCUUGGACGUCAUGUUCGCACAACUCGAGCGCGCAUCCCGCCUGUUCGGCAUUGACACCAUCUCAGUUGCGGCCACCACCUUGGAAGAGCUGUUCGUCAGAAUCAACCUCAGUGAGCUGUCUGAACAGGAGAGGGGUGCAUGGAUGGACAAAGACGAAGACGUCACCACGGCCAGCUCGAUGGUGUACAUGCAGCGCGAGUUUACUCGUACGCUGCUGGCGCUGCUUUCCAAGCGCGCCUUGUGCCUGUCGCGAAGCUGGGCCACGCUGGUGCUUAUGUGGGCCGCGCCUUUCGCCGUCUUCUGGGUACUGCUGCUCUUCGAGAAGUCCGCCUUGCACGGAGUCACACCGUUGCUCACCGACCGCGUCCUAGUGCCUAUGACGCUGGCCGGCGCGGAACUCGAAGCAGUCGACGCUCCCGAGGCGUUCGUGCAGUUCGGUCCUGACCAGAUGAUACCGGCGGCCGCGUAUCGUGGCCUCACCGAGCAGCUCGGCGUCAAGGUCACGACCUUCCUCGAUGCCCAGGAGCGUCUGCUGUUCCUGGCCAGCCAGGACUUCGUCGCCUACUCCCAACAGCUGCUCGUCGGGGCAGUCUUUGCCGAGAACGGCACCGUGGAGGCCUGGUUCAACCAGUACCUGCGCGGCGGCAAGGCCAUCGCCAUGAGCAUGGUGCACACGGCCCUGCUGCGCAACUUGACCGAAAGCAGCAAGGAUGUGACGCCGGGAUUCGUGCCCGCCGCGCUCAUCUCCUCGUCAGAGUCCGUGGUCGAAGGCACCUUGGCCAGCUUCGAGCGCGUGGUGUCGGCGCUGUCCUCAGCCAGCGCGAUCACGACUGCCGCGCGAGCCCUGUUCCUCCCUCUGGCCGCGGGUCUUCUGGUGGCCGCGUUCGCCCUGUUUCCGACGGCCGAGCGCGUGAGCCGCGCCAAGGACAUCCAGAUGAUGACCGGCAUGUCCGGGCGCACUUUCUGGAUCGCCAACUACAUAUUCGACCUGCAGACAUACCUGAUCUUGUGGGCGCUCAUGGGAGUCCUCCACGCCUUCUACCACGCGGUCACCAUUGAGACGUCGAUGGCGCUGGUUGUGGCCGUUCUGGCGUUCUCCGUCGUCGCGCUGCCCAUCGCCUACAUGGUGUCGCUCUUUGCCAGCACACAGCCCGGCGCUUUUUCUUUGAUUGCGCUGAGCUUUACGAUUAUUGGCACGGCGCUGAUGUGGAACGGGCUUAUCCGGUCGGCGGAGCGGCGCCACAGCGGCGAAGACCUGGUCAAGCACGGCACGCACGAGUACGUGAUGGCACUGGUGCCGGCGUUCGCGUUGCCGCGUGCCCUGACCAAGGCGCUGGAGUUGGACGCAGAGAACCAGGACUGCCUGAACCGGCGCAACACGCUGCUCGCUGGCAGUAGCCUGCUGUGGCACAUGUGCAGCCGUGACCCCACCUACCGCUUCCUGGGAACCGGCAUCUACUAUUGCUGCCACAUGGAGCUGGCCAACCACACGGACUGGAAGCCCCUAAGCCCGUUCGGCUUGCACAGCAGCGGCAUCCUGCCCGAACUGCUCUUCAUGCUGGUGGAGGGCGUGAUGCUGUUCGUGCUGCUCGACCGGCUGGACUCCGGCCGCUUCCUUUGGUCACCGCAACCACCCGCUCCCGCAGGACAAGGCGCCGAGGCCACCGCUGCCGACGAACAGGUGCGCGAAGAGCGGAAGCUCGUCGACGCGGAAGUCGCCAAAGGAAAGUUCACAGACGUCGUCAUGGCCGCCAGGGGUCUUGAGAAGAAGUACGGCAUGACGGAAGCAGUGCGCAGCGUGUCACUUGCACUGCGCACCACCGAGUGUCUCGGCCUGCUGGGUCUGAACGGCGCUGGAAAGACGACCACGCUGGAGAUGCUGGCUGCUCUGUUGCGGCCCACCAGCGGAGACGCAUACAUCAGCGGCCUCUGCAUGUCAGAAAAUCCCAGGAAGUGGCAGUCAGGUGUGGGCUACUGUCCCCAGUCGGGCGGCCUGCUCGAGCAGCUGACGGGCUCAGAGUUUCUGCGGCUGAUGGCCAACUUGCGUGGCAUACCCCAGGCCGACGUCGAACUUAUCGUGAGAAGCCUGCUACGCGUCGUUGGCAUUGACGAGGCCGAAGCUAAGCAGCCGUGUGGAUCAUACAGCCAUGGCGACAAGCGCAAGUUAUCUGUAGCAGCUGCUAUGGUGGGCCUACCGCGACUCGUGUUGCUUGAUGAACCUGUAGCAGGCGUGGACAUCUUGGCACGGAGGUCGAUUUUCCAGGGGCUACAGGCUAUCAUCAAAAAGGGAUACUCGUCCGUUAUCCUCUCCUCCAACAAGUAUGCUCAGCUGAGGAGCUUUCCUUAA